AUGGCCUCGAGAAAGAAGCAAUCCGAAGCCAUGGCUUUGCUGGUGUCCAAUUACAACGAUGAGGAAGAGGAUGAAGACAUGGAGGAUAUUGAACAAGACCGACAAGAAGAAGAAGAAUACGAUGAAGAUCAAGAACGACGAGAACAGCGAGAAUACGACGAUUACGGAGAGCUGAGAAGAGGCUCGGAAGAUGCUUCAAUGGUAGACAUGGAUAGAAUGGUAGCUGGUGAUUCUGGUAACGACGAUAGCGCACCGCCUGAUGCUGGCGAUAAUGAGAAUUUGACUCCGAAUGAAGGUCAAUUUCGUCAUUCAACGCCGCAACUACGGCAGCCGGUGCCGUCGGAUAGUUUAAAUAGAAGUAGAAGAGGGGGGCUUACGAUUGUGGACUAUGGGCAUGAUGAAGUUGCUAUGUCUCCUGAGCCUGAGGAGGGUGAAAUAGAAGGAAGUGGUCGUGUGAGGUUCGGUGCAGAUCUUUUAUCUGCUAAUGGUGAUUUCCACGAUAAGACACCUCCUGGAACAGUUCACAUCCUAACACCUCUCGAUCAAGCGACUCCUCAAUUAUCUGAACCAUCUCAAUCUGAUACAAUGAACGAUACUGCACUUGAAUCAGAGGGUAUAAAUGCUGAACAGGCUGCUGCAGAAGAGCAAAAAGAUGUUGAUCCGUUAGAUAAGUUUCUCCCGCCACCAGUAAAAGCCAAGUGUUCAGAGGAGCUGCAAAGGAGGAUAAAUAAGUUUCUUGAAUUAAAGAGAUCUGGGAAAAGCUUCAAUGCAGGAUUGCGCAAUAAGAAGGACUAUAGAAACCCAGACUUUCUAUUGCACGCAGUGAGGUAUCAAGAUAUUGAUCAGACAGGAUCUUGCUUCAGUAAAGAUGUAUUUGACCCUCAUGGAUUUGAAAAAAGUGACUACUAUGAUGAAAUAGAGGCUGAGAUGAGGCGUGAAAUGGAAAGGAAAGAUCAAGAAAGGAAGAGGAGUCAAAAGAUUGAAUAUGUUUCAGGAGGAACACAGCCUGGAAUAGUUGGUGCUGCACCUAAAAUUAACGUACCUGUUCCAGGUGUUUCGACCAUGGCUGCUUCUGGAUUGAACUCCUUGCCUCCUGCUCCUGAUGUCAUGCCACGGGAUGGUAGACAGAACAAGAAGUCAAAGUGGGAUAAGGUAGAUGGUGAUCGAAAGAAUCCUCUUCCCUCUGGAGUGCAGGAUUCUAUGUCCACUGUGGGGACUCAUGCAACACUCUUAUCUUCUGGUGCUGGAUACAUGGCUUUUGCGCAACAGAGACGGAGAGAGGUGGAGGAGAAACGAUCUAGUGAAAGGAAGUUAGACAGAAGAUCUUGA